AUGAAUCCGAUGACUUCAAAAUCGAUGUCAACAGUAUCCAAAGCCUCAUCAUGCAGGCGAGCAUCCCUUCAACUCAAACGGUUAGAACAAGAACGGCUGCUGCAAGAAAGGUACUUGUCGAAAAAAAAUUAUAUUCUUGAGGACAACAUUUCUGAAGACGAGGACGAUGUUGAAGAUGACCUCAACGGCAACGACAACGCUGAUGGCCCUCCUACAUCCUCAAAAAAUGUGGAAAACUGGUUGAAAAUGCAAACCAAGCAUGGAAAGGUAACUUUUAAUGCCGAUCUACCUAAUAAUAGCACAUUAAAUAAAAACUGGCUAGGCCUUAACGUCAAUCAAAACAAUGAUAACACUUUAUUGAACCCAAAUAAUGAUGAAAGACAAACUUUUCCACAAUCAACGAACAACAAUAAUCAGAUUCCACAAGAAACCUUAAAUGAUUUCUAA